UUUAAAUUCAAUUUUAAUUAAGAGCUUAAUGAGCUCAAUCAUAGUUUUAUUUAAAUCGAAAUUGCAGCAAUGAAAAUUUACAGAGGAAAAUAUCGCAAUGUGUAUACAAAAUCGAAUACUGUUUAAAAGUGAGAAAUGGGCCAAUGAAUGCUAUCUAAACGCUAAAAUAGCAUAGACGACUUAAUUGAAUAAUUAAAUAAAUUAAAAAAAAAUUAAAAAAAUGGGUAACGUUUGCAGUUCUGGAGAUAAACGAAAAAACGACAGCAUAUCAGAGAAAUCAGACGAUUCCUCGCCGUACCAAGAAGCCAAUAAAAAAGAAAUUCAAUUAGAAUCGGUUGGAAAUAACAGUGAAAAAUUAGCGCCUUUGGCCGAUCCAGAGCCAGUGCCACCAGAUGUGCCAUUUACAGCAUCAGCGCAGAAUGAAGCACAGCAAACACCCAACGAAGCCAAUAAAGAUGCUAUCAAAGGAAGUCAAUGCUUGGAGAAGGACUCUGAAACCACAACACCACUGGGUUUGAAUGCUCCUUCCGAUAUUCCGAAUCAAAAAUCGGCACCCAACAAUUUAGCCAUUCUUCAAGGAAAACCUCCGCCUGGACGCAAAAUCGAAAGGGACAAAAAAAUUGUGAUUUACAUUCUGGCAAAUAAUAGUCCCGAGUACAAAAAGCACAAGCGUGUUAUACAUAGUAUCUUCAAGCAGUUUGUCAGUAAAUGCCAAAGUAAAGGUUUUGACUUUUUAAUCUCUGAUGUGCAUGAAAAUGAUGUAGGGGUGAAGAAAGACUUCAGUAAAUUACCUGAAGUUAAGCGCUGGACGCAAAGCCCACAAGAAGCACAAGGAGGACAUGAAGAAGCGGCAAAUUGUCUAUCAGAAAUUUCCAGACACACUUCCACAGCGUACAUUAUACCAGUGCUAUUUCUGGGUUCAACACUCGGCACUCCUAUGUUGCCAUUGACAAUUGAAAGCCAGGAUUUUACUUCGGUUUUAGGCGUUGCAAAUGAGGAGGAGAAAGUACUGCUGGAAAAAUGGUAUACGAUUGACAACUCAUAUCAACCAAUGUGUCACCGUUUGUACACCCAACAAAUCAAUAUUUACUCAACUGAAGUGAACGGCGAGUUAAAUCACUUGUUGGAAGUAUUACUUCGACUUUUUUCCGAUGAUUUAAAGGACUCAUAUUUAACAACCGUAGUAGAGCAGGAGAUUAACAAUACUGUACUUAUAAGUCAAGAGCUCGCCAAACGAUGCAUAUGGAUACAAACUGGAGCACAGUAUACAAAAUUACCAGAAAAUGCCUCGCAAUUGGAUGCAGAAGUUUUGAGGCGGAUUACAAAAGUAUAUGCUGAGCUAAAAAUGCACCUUUCGGAAAAAAAUCUAAUUAGAAUUCUACCCACCAUGAAUAUAUUGGAUGAAGAGCUAACUGCAGUUAUCGAAAAUUUGCUGGAUAAAUCGAUCACAUCUAUUUUCGAAGAACAUCAGAACAAAAAUAGUAUACCUUAUAAUACAAAUGGAGUAGACAAGGUGCUCCUAGAAGAAGUGUAUCUAAUUUCACAUUAUUCAAAGAUAUUGGCACAGAAUUCUGCUAAUUUUGAUAUUAUGAAUGAUGUGAAGAGAUAUCUUAAGGAUAAUACCCAAUGGCCACUUGUCAUAUCUGGAGCCAGCGGUUGUGGGAAAAGUGUGUUAGCAUCCAAAAUUAUGGAAAACGUUCAGAGAUGGAAGCCUGAUGCUACGUUGAUAUUAAGAUACGUGAAUUUGACAGUUCGAUCUUCCGAUCUAACCUCAUUGUUGGGCUCCAUAACAGAUCAAUUGUCAAUUUUGGCGAAUGGCUGCCAGUGUAAUUGUGAUCAUUCAAUAGAAGGUUAUUCGAAUAUUCUGAAAGAGCUGCUUGAAAACCAGGAUUUUUUCGUUGUUAUUAUUAUCGACUCUUUGGAUGAGAUUCUCUUCGAAGCGAACUUGGACUGGCUGCCGGUAAACCUGAAUAGCACGUCCAAAGUGAUACUGACCGUAACCGAUACUGAUAAUAAGGAAGAAUCGCCAAUUUUGAAAAACUUGAGCGACCUCGGCAUACCCAACAAGUGUUUUAUAAAGAUGAAGCAAUUUACUGAACGACAGUGGAACGACAUUCUUAGUUCUGGUGGCAGCGAAUUUUAUGCUUCUAAUGGUGCGCUCAAAUUGCCAGAGGAGUGGAAGACUUUGCGUGGCAAGACACCAUUACAUGCGAAAUCGUUAUGGUGGCUAGCUUGGCUUUCGCACAUGUCCAUUAGUAUAACGGAUAUAUCGGAUGUGCUAGAUAAAAUGCUGCAGAUUUUGGAGACAAAGCUUCAAACGGAACAUGUUGAAAUGAUGUUACUGAUUGUGGCCGUAUCAGAUUGGGGCAUACGCGAGAGCGAUUGCUUGGGUAUUUUUCAAAAGCAGGCAAAAUUAGAAGCGCAGGCCGCUUUUAAGAUAUGGUCAAAAUUUUGCUGGCUUAUGGGGCCCAUGCUAUUGGUUUUAAAAAAUAUUCGUAUUGCCGAUAAGAGUUUUAGAGAUGCUGUUUUCAAGAGGUAUACAUACAAAAGGUGGCUGGUACACAAAUCAAUACGUGACUACUUCGAUCGACAAGAGAGCAUACUGCCAACUGCGCACGGAAAUGGCCAUAUAACAAAUUAUAACUACCAGAAGUACUUAAAACUGCCUUAUCAUCAUUUCUGUGCCAUAAUCGAAGAUAACGCAGCAUCGGAUAAAAUCGAAAUACUCUUCAAUUGUUUCUAUUUCACCGAUCUUCAAUGGAUUGCCGAUAAAGUUCAUUCUAAUGGCCCAGCGUAUUUAAUGCAUGAUCUAUUAACGUCUGAGAGACUUGCAAAAAUUGAGAAGCAAUCCUGGAUCCAUAUCAGUUUUUUAAAAGAUUUUUUGAAAAACUAUAUGCGUGAACUUAGCUAUGAUGGCCAUCAGUUUUUCACUUUAAUUAAUUACUAUAUGAAAGCGCGAAUAAGAGACGAUAUAACACUCAAAGAUGAUGAAAAAAUCCGCUCUUGGUUGGAGUAUACCUAUGAAAUUGAAAUACCUUUUAUGGAGAUAUUAAAUUCUAAUUUGGGUUCUGAUGAGGGCGCAUCAACUAGUAGUUACGAUGUAUUGGUCAAUUUGCCUCAAAAAGGCUACUAUGUGGCAUCGAUAAGUACCGAAAGAGAGGAAAUAUGUAUUUGGGCUGUAGAAAAUUGUUCGCGAGUACGACAAUUGUUGGGUAUACCGCAACCGACAUCUAUGUGUCCAGUCGGAAACUAUGAGGCAGCUGUUUUGUGUCGACGUGAAAUUCGGGUGAUAAAUCUCGAUGAAGGGAAAUAUAAGAAAACUUUGAAGGGUGUUAUGAAUCAGAAAAUGCCAUAUUUUGGAUUGCAUGACCAAAACCAUAUAGUCUGCUUAUCGCGCAAUCGAAUGUAUGUCCAUCUUAUGAACCUGGAGUCCGGGGACUGUGUUAUGACCUUCAAAGCUGGCGAAGACCGAUUUCUUAAUUCUCUGCUGGUUUCCGGCGAUGGACGUAUUCUUGUUUGCGGUGAUGAAACACAAAAGCCAUUUCCGCUUUUGGUUUGGCAUCUAUCACAGAAAAAGCUGCUCUACGAUUUGCGCAUUCCACAUCACGAUUUCAUUACCUCGCUAUCGGCCAUUACCUAUGAGGGUUCAUAUGUUUGCGUCGUGGCCAAAGAGCUAAAUGAGCCUACUCCUAAUUUUAUUGUUGUAUAUGAUUUGCAAAGCGGUACAUUGUUUAAGAAGUGGAAGCCUGUCUGCAAUACGGUAUCGUUGGCGAUAUCUCAAGCGAAUGCUUGCGUAAUAGCUGGUUUAGAAGACGCGAAAAUCCUAAUUUGGGAUUUGAUAACCGGCAACUGCAGAUCAACACUUAUUGGUCAUAAUGCUCCUGUGACAUUUUUAAAAUUGGAUCCCCUAGGAAAAGUAUUGUUGUCACGAGAUAAGGAAGGAUGUGAUAACUCGAUACGCGUAUGGGAACUGAAUACAGGUAAAUCGUUAGCCGUUUACAAGCCCCCGGGCCAAAUAACAGCGUGUGAGAUACUACCGAAUGGUGCAUUUGUAGUCGUAGCUUUGAAGAACAGAACUGAACUAUUGACUUUGGCUUUAAAGAAUUACGGAGAAGCUCCAUUAUAUAAUUGUUAUUUGUAUGGCAAUCAAGAUAACCAAAACCAAACUUUUAAUCUUAAUUAAUUAAAAACAAAUCUUUGAACUUUAUUAAGUUAAGGAAGUUUUUAAUUUAAUUAUGUGUCUUCAUAGGUAUUAUUUAAAAAUUUAAGAAAUAUUAGUACGCACUUAAGCUUGUACAAAAUAUUGUUACACCUUUAUAUUAGAUUAAGAAUAAGAAACAACAAAAAAAGACUACUCAAGACAUAAAUACAUAAAUAGCUGAUAUUUUG